AUGGAGCUCACUCGCAGUGGUUUGCACUAUGUGUUUGCCAUCUUCACCUUGUUAUCCGUGGCUUCGGCUCAGACCUUCCUCGAAGCCAUUUCGCAAUAUCCGCAGCUGGCCAACUUCACGGAAUUAAUGACUAACAACCCUGGCCUGGCUGGAGCUUUACUAACCUCAAAUGCUACAUCAUUAACGCGGACGACUGUGCUUGUACCAGAUAACUCGGCAUUUGAUAAAUUGCAGAGGUUACUGGGAGUGCCUGUGGGCUCACUAUCAGUAUCACAACUUGAACCAGUUCUCUCAUAUCACAUACUCGUUAACGAAUUAACCACCGACAACUUCACCGUGGCGAAUGGCACUACCGAGCCCACCUUCUUGACAGGACCACUUUAUAACAAUCGAUCCGCUGGAGAUGCUUUAGGAUCGAGUGGAGCAGAGGGCGAUCCCAAAAACGGUCAAGUCGUCUUUAUUGAGGCCAAAGACGAGCCAAAUGCAGCUCGCCGAUUUACUGUCCGCCAACUUCCUCAGCCUGAUGUUGAGGUUCAGGGUGGUCUGGGUCAUAUCAUCAAUUUGACAUCCGUCAAUGGUGCUUGGGAUGGAGGAGUCUUCCAGAUCGUUGACAACUUCCUUGAUCUACCACUCAAUUGUACCGACACUAUUCGACGAUGGAAGAUGUUUGGCUUCAGUAGCUCACUCAGUCGCACGGGAUUGGGAGCUCCCUUGGAUAUCACCAGGAAUGUCACCUGUUUAACGCCCAACGACGACGCGUUUAAAGCAGCUGGUAGUCCCAAUGUCACCGCCAGUAUCUUUGAUCUACAGCAGUUGACUUUGUUCCACAUUAUUGAUCAGCCACUUUACACGAACUUCUUGGAAGAUGGUCAAGAAUACAUAACCUUUUCCAACCAAACCGUGCGAGUCACCAUUCGGGACGGAGCUAUCUUUGUGAACGAUGCAAAGAUCAUCCACUCCAAUGUCAUGACCAACAACGGCGUGAUGCACGUUCUCGACAAGUUUAUGACACCUCUCGACCAAGAUCGCAACUCAACAACAUCAUCAUCGACUCGAACGGCCUCCUCUACUACUUCAUCCACGGGGGGGCCUUCAGCAUUGCCACAACCUUCCACCUCCACCACAAGUUCAGCUUCGGCGGCGACGGCUUCAGCAUCUUCCGUUGCCGGAACACCAUCGAAGCUUCUCUCCCAGGCUUCCUGGUCGCUAGGAUUUCUAGGCCUCAUUGCCGGAUUCCUCCUUUGA